GUUCUAUUUCUCCCAUUGGUUCCCGCCCAGCACAGCGCGGCCAACAUGAUCGAAAGCUCCAUGGCUAUGACACCCCCGGAUUACGUGUAUAAGAUGGAAACUGAAAGUUACGAGAGCCUGAUGGAAAGGAUCACUUUCGGCGAUGCCGCCUGCAUGCAGAUGGCUCCGUCGGUCUCUGCCGAUCUUCCUGGGUUACAGUCUAACGCCGAACCCCCCAGGCUGAGGCACCCCGAUGAGAUGCCAAUGCUGCCCUGCGCCGAGCACACCUGUUCCGAUGCUUUCGGAAACGAUGCUUACCCUGCCUGGCACUAUUACCCUCAGCUCCCCUUUCAGAACCCGUUCAGUGGGGUGUACGAUUAUUCCUACGAGCCCGCUUUCAUCCGCAAGCGCAACGAGAGGGAGAGGCAGAGGGUGAAGUGUGUCAACGAGGGAUACGCUCAACUAAGGCAGCAUCUCCCGCAGGAACUCUCCGAGAAAAGACUCAGCAAAGUGGAAACUCUGAGAGCUGCCAUCAAGUACAUCAAAGAGUUGCAGGCUCUGCUGGGGGUGCAUGGUGAACACGUGGAGCGGGAGCCGGCCGGAGACGCCGUUUCCCAGGCAACCGUCGCCGUGGAAACUGCCUGGGUUGCAGCCUCCCAGUUUCCAGGGUAA